UCGUUGUCAGUGUCAAAUACACGUGGAAAUUGUUUAAAAAUCAGUUUAUACUUGCAUUGAAUAAAAAGAACUCAGAUAUAAACAGAAUGGGUAAAGUAAAACAAAAAGGAAACCAACCCUUAAAACACGUACCUUUAGAACAAGACAUUCAGAAUACAAAGAUAGCCAAAAGUAAAAAUAGAUCAAAAAUUCGUCUAAGGAAAGAUGAAGAGGAACAAUUUGUGGAUACAAAUUUAUCUAGAAAAAUUCUAUCGGCAGCACGUUCACAACAAAUGGAAUUGGAAGAUGACUCCUCUAAUCAACCAAAGGUCAGAUUUAGUAAAAAUCUGGAUACAAUGGAAACAGAUGAUUCAGAUAACGAAAUUGAUGACAGUAUUGAUACAACUUAUUAUGAAGAUAUAGAAAUUAAUGAAGAAGAUGAGAGAGCCAUUAAUAAUUUCAUGAGUAAAAAUCCUAUACCUUGUAGAACAUUGGCAGAUAUUAUAACCGCAAAAAUAACAGAAAAGCAAACGGAGAUAGUUACUCAAUUUAGUGAUAUUGGUUCUAUGCAAUUACAAGAUCUUGAUCCUAGAGUCAAACAGAUGUAUGAAGGAGUUAGAGAUGUUCUUACUAAAUACAGAAGUGGUAAACUUCCAAAAGCCUUUAAAAUUAUACCUAAAUUGAAAAAUUGGGAACAAAUACUCUAUAUUACUGAUCCAUCAGUAUGGUCAGCAGCAGCAAUGUAUCAAGCAACCAGAAUUUUUGCAUCUAAUUUGAAAGAUAAUAUGGCGCAGAGAUUUUAUAAUUUAGUUCUACUUCCUAGAAUCAGAGACGAUUUAGCUGAAUAUAAGAGACUAAAUUUUCAUUUAUAUGAAGCUUUAAGAAAAUCCUUAUUCAAACCAGGUGCUUUUAUGAAAGGUAUACUAUUACCUUUAUUGGAAAGUGGUAACUGUUCUUUAAGAGAGGCUAUAAUAAUAGGAUCAGUAGUUGCCAAAAAUUCCAUCCCAAUAUUACACUCAUCUGCUGCCCUCUUGAAAAUUGCAGAAAUGGAUUACACAGGAGCAAAUUCUAUAUUUUUACGAAUAUUUUUUGAUAAAAAAUAUGCUUUGCCUUACAGGGUUGUUGAUGCAUGUGUAUUUCAUUUUACAAGAUUUCAAAGGGACAGCAGAGAAUUACCAGUACUAUGGCAUCAGGCACUACUAACUUUUGUUCAAAGAUAUAAAGCUGAUAUAUCUACAGAACAAAAGGAAGCAUUAUUAGAGUUAUUGAAAAAACAGAGCCAUCACACUAUUACUCAGGAGAUAAGAAGAGAAUUACAACAUGCUAAAUGUAGAGAUGUAGAAAAUGCUAUAUCUCAGAUGGAUUUUUACUAGUGUAACUAUUUUAUAACUAGUUCAAAUUAAGAUUAAAAAUAUAAUUAAAACAUACUUUCCAAUAUUA